GAGAAUCAUACCCCUAGACCAACGAGCCGAUGGAUCAAAUAGCACCCUCUGGUGGAGUAGUACGCUCAGUCUUCGUCCUGCCAGCUUAAGUAUGAGACAGAACAGAGUGUAAACAACAUUUUGCACUUGAUAGUCACAUUCAUCUGUACUGUAGGUUCUCAUAUACAGUAGAAACCAUCUACAAGCCCCCCCAGUAUUUUGGCGGUGUUGUAAAACUCAUCUGUGUGGAUUACAUGUGAUGUGAAGUCAUCCGCUGCCUACAAGUCGCCGUGUGGGACAAACUUAACCCCGCGCUUCAUUCACAGCCCGCAUGCUACAGUUAGCUCUGGGCUAGUUAGCCGGUAUCAGCGCCUGUCAGGACCUGGGACUGAAUCUCGCUCGGAAGAUGGCAACAGAGGCGAAACGAGCCAAGGUAGCUGAUGAUUCAGAGCCCAGCCCUCUGCAGAACUUCCUGCAGUGGUGCGACAGAGUCCACUUAGUGCUCAGCAGUAAGGUGUAUGUGAGUAAGGAGGGAACAGUGGCAGAGUAUGGGAUGCUGGCAAAGGACAACAUAGAGGAGGGGGAGGUUUUAUUCACCAUCCCCAGAUCAGCUCUUCUCCACCAGGGGACAUCCAAGCUCUCUGCCCUGCUGGACAAAGAGGGGUCGUCUCUGGAGAGCUCGUCUGGCUGGGUUCCCCUGCUGCUGACUCUUCUGUAUGAGUACACAUCCUCACAGUCCCACUGGAAACCCUACCUCUCUCUGUGGACCAGCUUUAAGACACUGGACCACCCAAUGUUCUGGUCUAAAGAGGAGAGAGACAGACUGUUGAAGGGAACAGGGAUCCCAGAGGCUGUGGACAGAGACUUGCUUAACAUCCAGAAGGAAUACACCAGCGUGGUCCUUCCCUUCAUCACCAAGCAUCCUGACCUCUGGAACCCCGACACACACACACUGGAGCUGUACAUACAGCUCGUGGCCUUUGUCAUGGCCUACAGUUUCCAGGAGCCACAGGAAGAUGAGGAGGAGGAAGAGGAGGAGGAAGAGGAUGAGGACAAGGCCCCCAGCCCGCCGAUGAUGGUUCCAAUGGCGGACAUGCUUAACCAUGUGUCCAAUAAUAAUGCCAACCUGGAGUUCACGCCCGACAGUUUGAAGAUGGUCUGCGUGCGCCCCAUUCGUAAAGGCGAGGAGGUGUUCAACACCUACGGGCAGAUGGCCAACUGGCAGCUGCUACACAUGUACGGCUUCACUGAGCCGUAUCAGAGCAACAGCAACGACACAGCCGACAUCCCCAUCGACAACUUCUACAAAGUGGCCACACAAGGUGUUCAGUCUGAUUUGGAGCGGCAGUUGGUGGAGGAGAAGUGGGAGAUGCUGUGUGAGAUCAUGCAGGACAAAGCAGCCUUUGUGUUUGGCAAACAGGGCUGCCUUACAGACACAGAGCUCCACACUGCGCUCAAGGUGCUGUGCAUGUCAAAGGAAGAGUUCUCAGACUUCAAAGAUAACGAAGGAUGGGAGGAAGAUGAAGAGGAUGACGAGAUGAUUUCCCUUGCUUUCUCUAAUGAGGGACUCCCUGAGUUGAAGGCUUCAUGGAAGAAGCUAAUUCACGGAGCAGCUCGUCUGACUGUGAGUUCCUACGGAGACAAGGAGAUGAAGAUGGAGGGAGAGGCUGUAGACACCGACCGAGCGCUGAUAGAGGACAAGGCAGCACUUGCAGGACUGAGCAGCAGAAACCAGAAUGCACUGCAGGUGCGCUUUGGACAGAAGUGCAUCCUGUACAGACUGAUGGAGCUCACCAAGUCAUGAGUCCAGCUGCAGGGGUUUGUUUUUUAAAUGUCAAUAAAUGUUUUUUCUCGAA